AUGUCUCAAUCAACUACCCCCUCCACGACACUCCUCUCACUAGCACAGGCCUACCCUCAUGAUCCGGCACACCUCCACAACGUCAUCAUCCCCCAACUGGCCCACCGCCUCCGUCUAGCAGCCCUCUGGUCCAUCGCGCCCUCGACCAAAGUCCUCGACAUUGGCUGCGGCCAGGGUGACUCGGCCCUCGUCCUCUCGCACGCCGUAGCCCCGUCGACCCCCGAUAGUGGCAUCGACACAUCCGGCACCGGGACCACAGCCGGAGCAACCCCUGGUCCCGCACCCGGACACGUAACGGCGCUGGACCCCGCCCCGGGUGACUACGGCGCACCGUACACCCUCGCCGAGGCCCAGUCCCACAUCCUCUCCUCUUCCCCCUACGGCGCGCACAUCGCCUUCCACCGGUCCGACGCGCCGAGCUACCUCGCGUCCAACCCGGCCGCGAGCUUCGACUCGGCGACCCUGUGCCAUUCGCUGUGGUACUUCCCGUCCCGCGCCGCCGUCGUCGCCCUUUUCGGCGCCCUGCACUCGUCGCGACGCAUCGGGAGGCUGUGCUUCGCCGAGUACUGCCCGCAGGCCCGGACCCCGUCCCAGAAGCCGCACGAGAUGGCGGUUGCGGUGCAGGCGCGACUCCACGCGCUCCGCGAGGCCCGGGGGAAGUCCGAGCUGAGCGAGGCCAAUGUCCGCUGCGCGCUGGACCCGGAGGAGCUGGUGACCCUGGCGCGGGAGGCCGGCUGGGUGCUGAAGGAGAGGGGGUCGGUCGACACGCCGGGGAUGCUGGACGGGCAGUGGGAGGUCGGCUCUGUGCUUGCUCCCGACUGGGCGGAGGAGGUCAUCAGGGAGGGCUUGGGGAGAGAGGCCGAGGAGGAGCUGCUGGGCUGUGUUGCUAAGAUCAAGGCUACCGUUGCCGACUUGAAGAAGAACGGGGAGAAGAUUGAGACGUUGGAUGCUGCGUGGGUGGUCAUGGAGCGCUGA